CGUGCGAUUUAGUGGCAGACCUAAAGACGUAAAAGUAUCUAACCAGGAGACAGACACAAGAGAGGCGGAAUCUGAAACUGCGCGGCUGUGUAUCUCUCUGUUUCACCGUUUUCUCCGAACAAAUCUUCGUUCACGUUCAACGUUAGGCGACGUGUGAAUGAUUGUGUUUCUUUCUUCUGCUUGUUCGUGUAUGUGGGAUGUGAUUUGGAUCACUACAGUUAAUUUAAAUAUUUGGGGGUAAUGCUAGUUUUCCUACAAAUAUGCAGUUUCAAAUGUCUGAUGCGGAUGAGUUUCGUUGCUUCAUUGGUGGCCUUGCAUGGUCAACAUCUGAUAGAAAGUUAAAGGAUGCAUUUGAAAAGUAUGGCAAGCUGCUUGAGGCAAAGGUGGUGGUUGACAAGUUCUCUGGACGUUCACGUGGUUUUGGGUUUGUCACAUUUGAUGACAAGGAAGCAAUGGAAGAGGCUAUUGAGGCUAUGAAUGGAAUCGACUUGGAUGGUCGAACUAUUACUGUUGAUAAAGCUCAGCCUCAAGGGUCAAGUAGAGAUGAUGACCGAGAACGUGGUCGUGACUCACGUGAUCGCAAUCGUGGCCGAGAUUAUGGAGGUAGUCGAGGGUCUAAUGGUGGGGAAUGCUUUAAGUGUGGUAAACCGGGUCAUUUUGCAAGGGAAUGUCCCAGUGAAGGAGGAGAAAGAGGAGGAAGGUAUGGUGGCAGGGAAAGUAGAUAUAGUGGUGGCUAUGGUCCUGAUAGGAAUGCAGAUCGCUCUUCUGGUGGGCGUGACAGGGAUGGUGGUGGUCGUGACAGGGAUGGUGGUGGUCGCGACAGGGAUGGUGGUCGCGAUAGGGAUGGUGGUGGACGUGACAGGGAUCGUGAUCGUGCUGCACCAUAUGAGCGUCGUGGAUCUGGAGGCUAUCGUUGAUACAUUUAGUUUGAUUGAGUUUUUGAAUUGGUGGGUUGCUGUUACUGCCUCAACUUCAACUUUUUCUUUUGAUGACAUUAUUCUGGAAUUUUUUUUAUGGAUGUAUGAUACUAGUGUUUUGAUGUGCAAUACUCGGAACAUAUAUCAAACUCUUUUAUGUUCAUAACUGUCAAUCGUUAGCUCUGUUGAAAUCUUGUGCAUGUUUGAGUUACCGUCAAAUAUGAUAUUUUGCUCUA